AUGUCGUAUCAGAAGAAACAUAUCAAGACACAUUCUACUUAUGCCUUUGAAAACAACACCAAUGCGGUGGCAGCAUCUCAGAUGAGAAAUGCUUUGAACAAGUUAGCAGAUUCUGUUAGAGAUGACGAAAACUUGCGUAAUAGAUUUGAAAACGAAUUAGAUUCGUUUUUCUCAGUAUUUAGAAGAUAUUUGGUCGAGAAAUCAUCCGGAAACACUUUAUUGUGGGAAAAAAUUAAAUCUCCUACUCAGGAGGAGGUUAUCGAUUACGGAUCAUUGAAACCUACACAUGAUGACAUUUCAAAUCUUUCUAAAUUGGCUGUUCUUAAAUUGAAUGGUGGCCUUGGUACUUCAAUGGGUUGUGUGGGACCUAAAUCCGUUAUUGAAGUUAGAGAUGGAAACACAUUCUUAGAUCUCUCGGUGAGACAAAUUGAAUAUUUGAAUAGACAAUACGAUAGUGAUGUUCCUCUAUUGUUAAUGAAUUCUUUCAACACGGAUAAGGAUACUGAACAUUUGAUUAAAAAAUACUCAGCUAAUAGAAUUCGUAUUAGACCUUUUAACCAAUCAAGAUUUCCUCGUGUUUUUAAGGAUUCAUUAUUACCAGUUCCCUCUCAUUAUGAUGAUGAAUUAGAUUCCUGGUACCCACCUGGUCAUGGUGACCUUUUUGAAUCGUUGCAUGCAUCGGGUGAAUUAGAUGCUCUUUUAGCUCAAGGUAGAGAAAUCCUAUUUGUCUCCAAUGGUGAUAAUUUGGGUGCUACUGUGGAUUUCAAGAUCCUUAACCAUAUGAUCGAAACUGGAGCUGAAUAUAUUAUGGAAUUGACUGAUAAGACAAGAGCUGAUGUCAAGGGUGGUACUUUAAUUUCUUAUGACGGCCAAGUUCGUCUAUUAGAAGUUGCACAAGUACCAAAGGAACAUAUUGAUGAAUUUAAAAAUAUUAGAAAAUUCAAGAAUUUUAACACUAACAAUUUAUGGAUUAAUUUGAAAGCUGUUAAAAGAUUAGUGGAAUCAAGUUCGUUAUCAAUGGAAAUUAUUCCUAACCAAAAGACCAUAAAGCGCGGUGGUCAAGAAAUUAACGUUUUACAAUUAGAAACUGCCUGUGGUGCUGCCAUUAGAUAUUUCGAAGGUGCUCAUGGUGUUGUUGUACCAAGAACAAGAUUUUUGCCUGUGAAGACGUGUUCUGAUCUGCUUUUGGUUAAAUCUGAUUUAUUCUUUUUAGAGCAUGGAUCUUUGAAAUUAGAUCCAUCAAGAUUUGGUCCAAAUCCAUUGAUUAAAUUAGGUUCACACUACAAAAAAGUUUCUGAUUUCAAUGGAAGAAUUCCACAUAUCCCAAAGAUCGUUGAACUCGAUCAUUUAACCAUUACUGGUAAUGUUAAUUUGGGUAAGAAUGUUACAUUGAAAGGUACUGUUAUUAUUGUUUGUUCUGAUGGUCAAAGCAUCGAUAUUCCUAAUGGAUCCGUAUUGGAAAAUGUAGUGAUUACAGGUAAUUUACAAAUUUUGGAACAUUAG